GUAAAAUAUAAUAGUGGGGACCAUACCGCCCUUUCGCAGUGUCCAAUAGUCAGUUGAAAGUCAGCGUCUGUAGAAUAAGCUGCGCGGGAUCUUCAAAUUUAUAUAGUAGAAAGAAGUAUAGGAAGAACGAAACCUAAUGUCUAGUCCAGCUUAAGAAUGGCGGUCUCCGUGACUGGACUGAUCUUGUGCAGUGCAAUUCUAUGCGGUUUGAUUUGGAUUAUAUUGUAUCAUGUAAAAAGAUUAAGAAUGUACAAAGCAGCUGCAAAGUAUCCGGGGCCUGUGGCCUGGCCUUUCCUUGGAAAUGCAUAUUAUUUCACAGGGAAGAACGAAGAUAUUCUCAACAAAAUCAUCAAGCUAAUGAAUACCUAUCCUUCGCCAUUGCGUUUCUGGUUGGGACAACGUUUAUUCUUUGCAGUCUACGAUGCAGAAGAAAUGAAGACAGUUUUCCUCAGUCCUAAAACCAUCGAAAAGGAAGAUCUAUAUAAGUUUGCACGGCCUUGGCUCGGAACGGGAUUAUUUACAGCACCAGCAUCGAAAUGGCGGGUACAUAGGAAAUUGAUACUGCCAACGUUUAAUCAGAAAAUACUUGAGUCUUUUGUGGAAGUAUUCUCGGCACAAUCUCAAAUAAUGGUUAAAAAUAUGGAGGUGGAAGUGGACGGAGAAGAAUUUGACAUAUUUAACUACAUAUCACUUUGUACACUGGACAUUAUAUGCGAAACCGCUAUGGGCGUCGCCGUAAAAGCUCAGACCGAACGGAAUUCUCGUUAUGUCGAAUCUGCUAAAAGAGCUUUCGAAGUAAUAUUUACCAGAAUGUUUAAAAUAUGGUUGCAUCCCGAUAUUAUUUUCAAUCAUACUCAACUUGGAGCGGAUCAACGUACCUGUGUGGAAUAUUUGCACAGUUUGACGAACGAUGUAAUACAAAAGAAGAAACAAACAUUUCAUCCAGUCAAUGGCAAAAUAGCUAAUAGUGAGGUAGUAGAGAAUCAACCGAAUCAACGAAAAGCCUUCUUAGAUUUAUUGAUGGAAUUAUCUAACAACGGUACAAAAUUUACCGACGAGGAACUAAGAGAAGAAGUCGACACAAUGAUGAUUGCAGGAAACGAUACCACUGCUACUGUAAACUGCUUUGCGCUGCUGAUGAUGGCGAAUUUCCCAGAAAUACAGGACCGAGUUUAUCAGGAGCUUUACGAUAUUUAUGGUAUGGACGAUCCGGACGACUCACCAAUAAAACAUGAGGAUUUACAUCGCAUGGAGUAUUUAGAACGUGUCAUCAAAGAAACUCUGCGACUUUUUCCAGUCGGACCGAUUCUUGUACGACGUGUAGUCGAUGAUUUGAAUAUAGGAACACACACGUUACCAAAGGGUAGUUCCGUGGUUCUUGGAAUAUUUCACGUUCACAGAAGCGAAAAGUAUUGGCCUGAUCCACUGAAGUUUGAUCCGGACAGAUUUCUUCCUGAAGAAGUUGCAAAACGUCAUCCUUUUGCUUUCACUCCAUUCAGUGCAGGUCCGAGAAACUGUUUAGGACUGAAGUAUGCUAUGAUGGCUAUGAAGGCAUUAUUAGGAACGGUACUCCGAAGAUAUAUCAUUAAGAAGGAUCACAUGACACCUAUAUCAGAAAUGAAAUUAAAGGCAGACGUUAUGUUGAAACCAGUUGAGCCUAUUAAAUUCAGAAUUGAAAGAAGAAUCCCAAAAAUUGGUUGUAUCGACUAAUCGUAAUAUUCCUGCUUAUUGGCAAUAUACAAAUUAUGGACCGACGAACGAAAAAUAAAUUAAUUAUCAAUUUUCUUUAAAUA